AUGAACAAAGCUUCCGAGAAGAAGACUGAUCUCAUUGUAUUCCCAGAAGCUACUAUCGGCGGAUACCCAAAGCACUCGACCUUUGGUAUUCAGGUAGGCCUGCGAACAGAUUCAGGACGGCAAGAAUAUCUGCUAUAUUACAACGCCUCUAUUGAGGUGCCGUCGCCCACCACGGAUACACUUGCACAAUUGGCAAAAGAGACCAACAUGUCUGUGGUCAUUGGCGUGAUUGAGCGUGAACGAGGGACACUAUAUUGCACGCUGCUCUAUAUCGAUGCUGUCGCAGGUUUGAUUGGCAAGCAUCGAAAAAUCAUGCCGACCGGGGCAGAGAGGCUUGUGUGGGGGUUCGGAGACGAGUCUACCAUUGCCGUGCAUGACAUGACUUUGCCGUCUUUGCAGAACGUCAAUGGUCACGGGAACAAGGCCAAAGUCUCGGGCGUCAUCUGUUGGGAGAAUUAUCAGCCCUUGUUACGGUAUCACAUGUAUCGACAGGGCACUCAAAUAUACACAGCUCCUACUGUGGAUGCUCGAACGACUUGGCUCCCCUCUAUGCAAUUUAUUGCCCAGGAAGGACGGUGUUUUGUCUUGUCGGCGUGUGCCUUUGCCAAGAAGGAAGACUUCCCUGCUGACCAUGCCGCUCAACAAGCACCGGACGAUAUCAUCAUUGCUGGUGGGAGCUGCAUCAUCUCUCCGCUGGGUGAAGUCUUGGCUGGUCCAUUGCGUGAGGAAGCUGGCCUUCUCUUUGCAGAGAUUGACCUGGACGACAAUAUCAGGGGUGCGCUGGAUAUGGAUGUUACGGGCCACUACUCGCGGUCAGACAUUUUCCAGCUGCACGUCAAGGGAUAUCCUGAAGAUAAGUCCAAAGCAGUUUAA